AUGCCUUGGGAUAUCUUUCGGCAGGUGUCUUUCGCCAAUCUUCGUAUGGUUUCCCCUACCAUCCAUCCGUUAGACAACGAGCAAUUGGAAGUGACCCUUCUGGAACCCCAGAAAUUUCGAGAUGUGAAGAGUGAAGAUACCACUCUGCCACUGCAAGAACUUUUGGAAUGGGUGGCGCAACACCCUUUCACCGGCUACAAAGGUGGUAUCGCUCGCCUGGUGGCGAAGAUCCUGUGGCUGGACGCAGAGAAUCCGGAUCUCCAAUCCGAGAUCCAAGGCUUCAAUGAUAUUGACUUGAUUUAUUUCUUGCAAGAUGGCGAUGAGCAGCAAAAGACGUCCAUGAAAAAACUGGUGGACGAUGGACUGACCAUUGGAGGUAUUCCUGUGGAGGCACAGGAUGUGGAAUAUUCCUAUGAUACCAUUCCUCACGUGUUGGCCACUCGAGAUUUGACACAGAAUCAGUGCAUCAUCGUCUCAGACGCGAGUGGUCGCGUGUUUCUGAUCACGGCGCAGGUGUGUCGUCAGCACAUGUUGCAGAGCAAGACAGCUCCUGCUGUGGCGUCUGACAACAGCACCUUAGACGACUACGGCAACGUGGUGGCCAAGCCUCGCGCCGUGGGCCGCGCCAUCAUUCAAUGGAUGAAGGGACGGGCCAGCACCGUAGAGUUGAACGAUGCCACGGUGAAGUUCUAUCGCAAGCAGAAGCUGCCCAAGAUGACCCUUUUCCAGGUGUUCAACAAAGCCAAGGGCAAUGAGAUGUACAUGAAGGUCUAUACAGAGCUACUUCGCCUGGGCUUUGUGGAGCAUCAGCAGUUCCCUCACGCGCUCUGGGGCGAUUGCUAUUGCUACGUGAACUCGUUGAUCGCACGGCACGGCUACCGCCUGGAGCUGGAGAGCGAUUUGGACUCCGCGGCGGUGGAGAAGUGGAAGGAAGCGAAGUAUGCGGAGCAAUUGGCCCGGACCCGGAUCAGCAUCUUCCGCGAUUUCCGCUUCCACCGAAUGGUUUUGGAUGAAACCUUUCUGAUGCCCUACGAGAUCGCGGACACUCCACUCACUGCUGGUCUGAAGGAGCGAGCACAUGGCUGGCCAAUUGGAGCAUCCAUCGCGAGAGCACCUGACGCGUCUCCGAAGGCUCCAGUCACGAACCUCGAUGCAACUGGCAGGCGGCUCACUGAUCUCCUCUACCACGCGAUGCUCGGCGAUGGGGUGAUGGGCAGUCAUGGAGAUGGCACGAAGUCAGAUUUGAGCAAACGUCACUUGGCGAGUGUGGCGGUGGCCGAACGAGCUUUGAGUAAGCAGCCGGGCACCACCUUCCGGCUGGGCGGCAGCGAGGCGGCGGACAGCGCCUCACGGCUGGUGCGCCAGGCGGCGCACGAGAAGGGCAAAGCGAAGGCCGCGGAGCGCCUGGGACGUGCGUUCGACCGGCGGAUCAUCCAGCGGAUCCUCAGCAGUGGUGGUGCGUACUUAGAGCAAGAUGAUUUGCCAGAUGAUCAGCGCGACCCCUUGCUGAACCAAAACAUGUUCGGGAAACUGACCAUGACCGAGACCUUUCUCCACUUGUUACGGGUGGUGAAGAUUGCAUGGGUGCAAUUCCUGCUAUCGUUUCUGGUCAAUCUCUUCGCAGCCGUUCUCUUCGUUCUGGUCAUCAACCAUAUGGCUUCAGCCUUCUGGUUGCUGGCGGCGUUUGCUUCCAAUGCCCUUGGUGCGUGGCUGUUUAUUCGUGCCUCCAACUGUGCCCUCCUGAAUGUGCUCAGCUCCAUGUUCUUGGCGUUGCUCAACCUGCGUGCUGAUGCGUUUUCUACGAGGCUCUUUUCGGAGGUUUGGAGUCGCCUGGUAGGCGACACCCGGGCUCUGCAAGGAGUGCUGGAAUCGUGCAGUGACUUCACCAUCGAAGCUCUGACGGCCAUCGGCGCACUCUUCGUGUUGUUGUUUUCCAUGGAGCCGUCCUGCGACAAUUCCAUUUGGUCAACGAUGUUGGUGGUGGUGUCCACCGGCACCGGCAUGGCCGCCAUCUCCAUGUUGGCGGGCUUCUCUUUGCGCAGCUCCUCACGCAUGUCGCGGAGCAUGAUCGGUUACCUCUAUUCCUACAUGUUGCUUGGCCGGCUCCAAGACCUGGGUAACAUGAGGUUCUCCAGUCUCAGCAAUUUCUUCGAGACCAAAUUCAUCCCGGAGCAGUUCGCGGCCACCACCAGCGCCUAUGAAGAGAUCCAAAGUGCCAGUUUGGAGCAGCGGAAGAAGCUGACCUUAAUUCAUCAGGUGGUGUCCAUCUUCCUCCGUGUCACGGAAUUUGCGGCCCUGACUCAAGCCUUGUAUCGAUUGGUUCACAGCUCAAGCACUGAUGCCAGUUGCUUACACAGCUAUUCCAUUCAAGCCAUGUCGAUACCCAUCUUGCUGAGUGCUGUUAGAAGAGCCAGUGAGGCCUGUUUGCAACUCUUCUCCUCUGUAGGUUCGCUGGAACGGCUCUUCCUGCUCUCCCGCGCCCUGCUCCGCUUCUCCACGCCGCGCUUUGAUGGCAUCAACCACUUCGCAGCUGAGAGGAUCAGUAUGGAAAUUCCACAUGACUUCAACGUGUCUCUCGGUUCUCCACAGUUCGGCCCUUUCGCGCGCAUCCCGGCGCUUCCAGAGGUGAAGGUAGGCAAACUCAACGUGCUGGCCAUGGCUCGUGGUCAAGGUGCCAGUACCUUGGCCAAGAUCCUGCUGCGCAUCGUGGACGCCCCCGCGCGAAUCAAGAUCGACGGCGAGCAUGUGGAGCAAUACGAGCAGGAAACCCUGAACUUCGCGAUUCACGUCGUGGACCAUCCGCCCCUGGCCUCCAGUGUGGCAAGGACCGCGGGGCAAGGGCAGAGCCUCACGGAAUACGUUCAAUUGGGUUUGGAAGACAACGGAAUGGGAUUACCUUUGGAUGUUUGUUUACAUCGGGCUGGCAUUUGGAGCCAAGUUGCCAAUAUUCCGCAUGGCAUCGAAUGUACAGAAUGGAGCUCCUACAUGACCAAACCCGAAGCCUAUCGUGUGCAAUUGGCACGUGCUCUCUUCCGUGCAUCCCUGGGGACCUUGCGCAUGCGCCUGGGGACGAAUCCACUGGAAUGCUGUUCCAUGUGA